UCACCCUGACCGAGAAACCCGCGAGCUUCACCCUUCGCUGCUGCGCUCGCUCGUUCGCUCGCUCCUCCUGCCGGCGAGGCUUGCGGCGCAGCUCAAUGCUCCUCGUCCUCCUGCCGGCCAGCGCCGCGUUCAACGUGGCCGCGAGGCCCGCGUCGACGCCGUGCGCUCGUGCCGCGGCUCCGCGCCUCACCUCGCCUCUGUCUGCACCCACACACCCUGCGGUGGCCGGCUGGCCGGACAAGUACGCCGGCACGCUGGGUGCCGCGACUGGCCCGCGCGUCCUGCACGACGCGUUUGCCGUCGAGGCGGCCGAUAUUGCUCUGCUCAUGGAGCUCGAUGUGGCGAACUGGCCGACAUGGACGACGGCGGGGAACGACAGGUGGCUCCCGAACGUGACGCGGAAGGACAAGGAGAUGCCGUACGGCGAACUGAGCUACCUGAUAUCAGGCAAGCUCGAGAUCGUGCCAAAGGAGACGGGGCUGCCAGUCGUCGUAAACCCCGGGGACGUCGUCACCUUUCCUGAGGGAUUCGUGUCUGACUGGACGGUGCUGGAGGAGCUCACCUGGCACUACUAUCUGUAUUGAGCGACGCACUCUGUAUCACCUCGCGUGUGCCACAUAAGCGUUGCUGCAACCCUUGUGUCCCUGUCCCUUGCCGCCCGCAAGGAAGCAGGCGGCCGGCCGCUCUCUGACCUCUGUUGUGUGAAGGAAGCAGGCGGCCGGCCGCUCUGACCUCUGUGUGUGGCAGAGAGGAUGCGACAUCUUCAAGAAUAAUACAACGUAUGCGUAGUAACU